AAGCCAACAAUGGUCAGCGACCAGAAGCCUGAAAACUAUCGCGAAGAGCACCCUUCGUCGCCCGCUGCGCUGAAUGUGUCCGGGUUGGCAAUCUCCAGUGUGGCCUCGACGGCCCCGACUACCGUGCUCUUCAGAACGAGUACGCGGAUCUUGAAGAAGAAGAAGAGAGGGCCACUGCCCUUGAUGAGAAGGCUGCGCAGCUGCUCGCGGACGCGGCCAUGUACCGAAAGGAUGCUGCCGCCCUGCGUCGUCGUCACCAACGACGACGCGCUGCCUUCCAAUCCAAGAUGGCGAAGGUAUACCUACACGAGGACGCCGCGAUUGCGGAACUGGAGGAGGAGGAACGGUUGGAGGCCCAGGCUUCCGUCGCAGCUUCUGGCGACGCCAAGUCCCCUUCCCUACCUGCUUCCAUUGACUGGGCCGCGAUGGAGGCCGCGGUGGAGGCCGACAUCGCUUCUUUCCUGGAGUCGCCUGCAGCGCAACCUGCAUCCUUCGCAGCUGGCUAACCGCGGGUCCUUCCUCCUUGUCGGAUGUGCCGCGCUCGGCGUCUCGGGACUGCCUUCGCAGGCUCUCUGGGCCGAUCUGGAUUUUGCUGGUGGAAUUCUUGGAUCUUUUCUGGGCAACUCAAUAGUGAAACUGGUUCCCACGAGUUCUCCUCAUUUCCACAGUCAAGCCACUUAAUGAGAUACUGAAGUUCUCCUCGUACGAGUCGUGAAUCCAGGAUUCGCUCGACGUCGUAUUCUUCUUCGAAGUCCUCGACUUCGACAUCCUCUUCCAGCCGUGCAUUCUUGGGUGCUGGUUCCAAAAGCGAAAUGUGAAAGACGUUGGUCCUCAGCUUCAUCGAGCUAGGUAGUGAAAGUGCGUAGUUGGA